UCCUUACCCUAACAUAGAAGAAUCAUUCAUAUGGUCCCCUCUACAAAUUAGCUUUAUAUACUACUUAUAAAACUUCACUCUCUGACGGAUCUACAAAUCCUAACAUUAAGAUGACAAAUCUUCUUAUAAGAUAUCGUUAUAUAUACAUAUGUGUAUAAGUUUCCUAAUGAUUCUUCCUAUAAUAAUAUACAUCCAAUCAAACGUGUAUAUGUAUACACACAAACACAUAUUACAAAUUAGUUGUAUAUCUCACAUGGUGUAAUGUAUCUGUCGUGUAUAUGGCGACAUCGAAUAGACAAUAAUAAGUGACAGUCAUCUGGCGACUGUCAUGACCUACUCCAACAAAAACAACAACAACAACAAUAAUAAUAUUUCUAAUGUUUAAAAAACAUGCCACCACAAGAGUUGCCUCAACGACCUCCACACUUAAACUGACUGCGAAUUACUAGGCAAUACAGUUAUAUUUAUAUUAUAAAAUAACAUAUAAACAAAACAUUUAUUGUUCUAUAUACCAUUUCUGAUCUCCUAUGAUCAUUCAAGAGCUUACAUGACUAUCGACUCAUACACAACAGAAGGAAUUUAAUAAAACAAAUAAAUAUCUCAUGUUGCUUAGAUACAUCAAUGCAUUUCAAUGUGUUCAAUAUAUAUAUAUAAGUGUACAAUAUUCAUUUGCAUUAUUACGGAUAUUAUUAACCUAUCAUAACAAAAACAAAUAGAUAUUUGGUUUUUUUGUGUACAAAAGUUCAUUGAAAAGGUAUAAUCCAAAUGAAAUGACAUACCCAACCACAUGAUCAUCCAUGCAAAUCUUCGUAUGAAUCUGACUCACAGAAAUGACUUUCUUCUGAAUGAAUAGGAAGUUUCAUCAGAAAAAAAUCAAUAACAAAUAUAGUCUACACAAUACAGGACUACUACAUUACUGAAUUUCAUCAUUUAUUUUUGUAAGAAAAACAGAAAUGAUUGCAUUUCGAUUACGCAAUAUAUUAAAAAUUAGUGAAACUUUAUGUAUAUACUAAUAAUGUUGUUUAAAUUUGGCGUAUCCCAAUUAUUUGAACGUGUAACUGUGCAAGAAAAUAUUCCAUUGAACACUGUGAUAUUUGAUUUAAGACCAGUGUUAGAACGACACUUCACUGGUGUCCUAUCUUCAUCGCCGCCAUCAUCAUCAUCGUCGUCCUCCUCUUCCUCGUCCUCCUCGAAAUCAACCCAUAAUAUAACAGCAUUUGCAAAUCAACAAGAGACAUUUUGGCCAUUUAUAUUAGAUGAAUUUUUAGUCAGAUUAGCCAAACCGCUUGAUCGUGAAAUGAUUUGUCUUAUACAAACAGAAUCACUAAGACAUCCCUCAAGUCGUAUGGAGACAAAACUGACAUCUUAUAGUAGUAAUACAAAUCAAGUAUGUCUUCCUGGAGCUUGUUGUCAACUUUUACACGUGAAUAUCAUUACAAGUCCAACGGAGUUGCCAACACCUUUUUACAUACAAGUCGCUGUACAGGAUGUAAAUGAUAAUCCGCCUAGAUUUCCCCCACUGCAUACACCAUACAUUGUAGUUAGAGAAGAUAUUAAGUCACAUGAGAAAAUAUGGCUGCCUCAAGCAUUCGAUGCAGACAGUGUUCAAUUCAGUAUUGCUGAAUACCGUGCAGUUAACUGGGUCCACGGUAAUCAAAGUCAUUUUCACUUGGGCGUUUCAGAUUCCAACGACAUGGAUGAUGAUUUGAGCGGGGAGGUGAUGAAUAAAUUUACAGGUGAAAGGCAUACAGCCACUGAAUUAGGCAGACCUUAUUUAACGAUAACUGAAGAAUUAGAUCGUGAAGCUAUUGAUCUUUAUUCAUUCACACUGAUCGCCAUAGAUGGGGGCGGUAAUAAUAAUAAUAAUAUCAAUACUAAUCUUCCUGGUAGCGCUAAUAAGGCGCUUACUGGAUCUGUAAGUAUCAUAAUAAAAAUCUCAGAUGUUAAUGAUAAUUCUCCAACAUUUGAACAAAAUACCUAUCGUGCUGAAGUAGCAGAGAAUUCAGUGAAUUCUCCUAUCAUAGAAUUUAAUUUAAUCGAUAGAGAUAUCGGUGAUAAUGGCCGAGUCACUAUAAUUAUAGAUGAUCCUUCUGGACAAGCUCAACAACUUUUUCGUAUCACCUUACAACCAAGCCAAAAUCCUAAUUCAAAAAUGUACACUCAUCCUGGAUUUAUGAGUUCACAUUCACAGCAGAUGAAUACACCAGCAACAAGUCAUUAUAAGGGCUCCUUACAAGUAAUUGGUCCAUUGGAUGCUGAGAAACAUCAGACACAAUUAAGAUUUCAUCUAAUUGCCAGUGAUCAUGGUCAACCGGUAUUAAAUUCACGUUGUGAAAUACAAAUAAAUAUUAUAAAUAUAAAUGACAAUCCACCGAAAAUUGUAUUUUUAAACAAUGGUAAAAGACUGUCUGACGGACGUAUUUCACUACCUGAAGUUGAAACACCACAGAGAGCUAUUGUCGCUUUAGUUCAUGUCACUGAUGACGAUUCACCAACAGAACAACUUCGCUGUCAUUUAAUUAAAGAAGAUGAUACCUUUUCAUUUGAAGAGACUGGUGGAAUCAACUUUUUAACACAGCAGCAGAAUCAACAACUAUUCAGUUUAUUCAGUGAAACAAUUGGUAUUCAUUCCACUUAUAAACAGUUUGUUAUUCGAACGAAAAAAGUUUUGGAUCGUGAGGAGAAAAGUUUUUAUUCGGUUACCGUGGAGUGUAUUGAUGAUGAAGGUCCGUAUGCACUUUCAAGGAAUGCCAGUCUACAUAUUACAAUAACAGAUGUUAAUGAACAUAAACCAAUAUUCACCAAAAGUGUUUAUAACGGUCAAGUAAUUGAAAAUCAACUUCAUGCUGAAGUACAUAUGACUAUACCAAUUCAAGCAUCUGAUGCUGACUUAGGAGUAAAUGCUUUAAUUACAUACAGUUUAUUGAGUCCAAAUGAAUCAUCAUCACAGUUGACAACAAACAGUGUAGCGACAUCAGCUUUGACUUCACAGUCGCCGUCAUCACCAUCAAUGACAUCGAAUAAUUAUCUCAACAGUACUGCAUUCUUUCGUAUAGAUCCAAUCACUGCUAAAAUAUGGACGAUUCAAUCAUUAGAUUGUGAAAAUCGUAGUGAAUAUCAUUUAAUAGUUGUCGCUAAAGACUCUGGAGUACCUGUAUCACUUUCGUCUAGUGCAAGUGUUAUAAUUACUGUAGAAGAUGCUAAUGAUAAUGUACCUGAAUUUGUUAAUACUCACUAUUUGUUUGAGGUACCUGAAAAUGCAGCAGGUGGAACAGAAAUUGGCAUUGUACAAGCAAUGGAUAAAGAUGUUACAAUAGUCAACCAACGUGUUCGUUACAAUCUCCGGGGAAGUACUGAAGACUUAAAACUGAUUACAAUCGACCGCACGACUGGAAUAUUAAGAACUAGACGUCCAAUUGACAGGGAAUCUAGAUCAUCAAUUUCACUUGUAGUAGAAGCAGAGAAUGAAGUCCCAAUUCAUCGUUCACCGUCUAUGCGAAGUGAUAACUUAAACAUGCUUAUGAAACACAUCGGAACAGAAGCAAGUGUAGUGAUCACAAUUUUAAAUUUAAAUGAUAAUCGACCUGAAUUCACGUUGAUUGAACCACAUCGUUCCCAUGUUACUUUCACAUGGGAACAACUAAAUCCAUUAGUAAUACCGAAGUCAACUCAAACAAAUAACACUUCUGGGAGUUCAGUCGACUCGAAAUCCGAUAAAAAUCAGAAAAUUCCUCCUCUAGAAAAUGCUAACCCAGUAUGUGAGCCACUACCACAUCGUGUGAUCGACAGAGAUAUGGAAUCUGAUACUAUGUUAGACUGUUGCAUUCUAGAGCUUCUAGAUAAUUACAAUGGAUUAUUUGCUUUAAUUCCACAAGCUCCAAGUGUUCUUUGUGCCAUGUACCGACCUCCAAGUCCACAGACAUAUAAAUUGACACUUAUUGCAAAAGAUGGUUUGACAAAUGAUAGUUUGUCAUCUCAGGUUCAUUUCACAGUGAUCAUUCGAAGUGAUCCAAAUCUUAGAAUCUCAGAUAAAAGUGCUAAUCCACGUUUAAGUCAUCAGGGUGCAGAACAUUUAACUGGCCAUCAAUCAAAUUAUGACUAUCCUAAUUCAAAUGAAGACCCAUUACGUAAACAUUUCACUUAUGAUGAAAAUGACCAACUGGGCAAAGAUUAUCUUUACAGAUCAACAAAUAUUGAUGGUAAUAUCAAUAAUGGAUUAUUAUAUUCUCAGUCGGGAGUUCAGCAUCACAACAGUAUAAAUCAAGUCAUUCGAAACCAAUCUAUGGAUAUGGUCAACAGACAUUAAUUAUUAUUGUGAUGGCUUCUAUUGCUGGAGUGCUGUGUGUACUAUUGUUGGUUGCUAUUAUUCUAACAAAACGCUGUGCAUUCGAUACUGCUUCGACAACAGUAACAGCGUCAACAACGACGAAAGAGUUUAUGAAAGAAGAACAGAAUAAUCAAAAUGACAAUACUAUUGGAAUGAAAAGUGCAUGUUCAACAGGUUCAACACCCUCUAAAACAAUGACUUUCAAUACAUUUCCUGUAAACAUUCAUCAUGUCCAUCAAAAUCCUGAUUAUUACGCGAAAGAAAUGAUAUAUCACCAUCCAAUGGAACAUAACUCAAAUGAAGCAUCUUAUGAUAUUUCCCUUGAAAAUAUGAAAGUUCCUAGUUCAUCAACUCUGUUAAACAAUUAUACAGCCUUUGUUCCAUCGAAUCCUGGACCGACUAAUAAUCACUUACACGGAACUGCUAUUCACUCUCCACUAACUAGAACACUUCAAUGUCGAAUCCCAGUAGAAGAUUCAUUAUUCCACGAACAGAAAUGUACACUGAUUAAACCAGUCAAUUCAGUGAACUCAUGGUCCCCACCACCGUCUCAGCCGCCACAUUCACUAGGCAAAAAUCACACCUACAUGCAAGUUAAUCUUAACAAUACUGGAAGUAUACCGGCAAAGACAUCACUCCAGAAGACGUCACCUAAUGAUACUUAUUCACAAAGUGUCUACCAAACUAUAGAUACACGAUUGAUAAAAAUUCCACACUUGAAUGCUUCACUAAACAACGCAGUAUGUAUUACGAAUGCAGUUAACGCUGUCACUCCUACACUGAAACGAGAUCAUUCAGGUAAAUCGCAUGUGACGAAUUCGAACCAUGAAAAUAAUAAUAAUAACAGUAGUAAGGUUCACUUUAACAAAACAAAAACUACACUAUUAUUAAAAGAAAAUGUUCAACAGACAAAUGAUAACUUAAAAAUAUCAAAAAAUACUGAUCCAGAAACCAGUGAAACUAAUGAAUCGUUAUUACGUAAACCUUUAUUGCAAAGAGCUAAUUCUGAAAGAUCGCCUUAUUUCCAAACUAGUUUUGUGUAAAUAAUCUUAUAUGUUAUCCUCACAGGCAUACACUCACAAAUUCACCUGCCUACUUUACACUGUAAACUCAUGACGACUACUGUGUUGAACAACCCCUUGAUUAACAAUGAUGACUUUAUUGUGAUGCUUAUGAUUUAGUGCAAUGAUAUCUGCCUACCGGGUAGACAGACAGCUAUGCUGCAUACUGCUUCAAUGUAUCUCUUAAAAUUGGCUUAAUUUAUUUUUCUGUUGUUUAUCUGUGUAAAGCUGCCUGCAUAAUUUAAAAAUCUUUAAAGUUUUGGCAGAAAUUAUCUAUCUUUUUUCUUCUGUGUAUAUACCUAGUUCAUUAGGCUUCUAAGUACUUUGCGUCUUUUCGCGUUUCACUAGCAGGAACCAAAUACUUUAACUGACCGAUUUUCUUUUACGAGGUUCUUCAUACGACUGUCGUGUAAAACAGUGGAUGAACUCUUCUAGAAGAGAAAGAAUAUUAGAAAGGAAAAUUAACCAUAUUUAAAAUUAAUAGUUAUUAUGUAAAGAAUAUUUCACAAAUGAUAAUAAUAAUUUGUUCAAGUCAAUUUUGAUUUUUCUUCGUUGACUGACCGGAUCAAAAUAUCCAGCCUCUGUUGGCAUAUCAGCUUCUAGUACGAGCUCCUCGACGAUAUCUGAAGAUUAGCAUGAUGUUUAUCUGGUGGAUGGUGACUAGCAGUGGAAACCAGGAUGUGUGCUUCGUCCUAUGUAGGACUCGUC